GAAUCAGAUUUGGUGCUCUAGUUAUUCAUUUGUUUGUGACCUUGGGCAACUCACAUUAUCUCGCUGGCCUUCACAUUCAGUAUUGGAAGAACAAUAUUUCCUGUUUGAGGCUAGAUUGUUUUGACGAUUGUGUGUGGAACUGGUGAAGGUGAAUGUUGGUGGGUAAAGGUAAAUAUUCAGGGAAACCUCAAGUUACUUCUGAACAGUUGCAUGUAUGUCCAAUUUAACAUCACUAGGGCACUCUUGCUUUGUAAGUAGUACCACAAAUAUGUACUCCAAACCAAAACCCAAGUUACGAUUGCAGACUUCUCUGUCUCUGACUUUCUUUGGCUGCUUAAUCCCUGCAACUCUAACUUUCAGUCUGUUUCUAUCCUCUGGUAAUCUUCAUGCUUCCUCCCUCUGUGUUUCUCCUGACUGUCUCUGGUCUUUCUCUGUUUUUCUUAUCCCAGGCACCCUCAGGAAGAUCCCAAGCCUCUAGCAGAUGAUAUCAUCUCCAGCAUGUUAUAGAUGUGGAGGAUUCCUUGGGCUAUUGAGAAAUACCAGAGGCGAAUUGUUCCACUGUAGUCACAGUUAUGAAAGGCAGUAAUAGAAAUAAAGAUCAUUCAGCAGAAGGAGAAGGGGCCGGAAAACGACCAAAACGGAAGUGUCUUCAGUGGCAUCCGUUGCUAGCCAAGAAACUUCUGGACUUUUCAGAAGAGGAGGAGGAAGACGAGGAAGAAGAAGAUAUUGAUAAAGUUCAACUUGUUGAGGCGGAUGGCCUAGAGCAAGAUGUUGGUGAGACUGAAGAUGAUGAGUCACCAGAGCAGCGAGCCCGGAGACCAAUGAAUGCGUUUCUUUUAUUUUGCAAGCGCCAUCGAUCCCUUGUCCGACAGGAACACCCAAGGCUUGAUAACCGAGGUGCUACCAAGAUACUAGCUGACUGGUGGGCUGUUCUUGAUCCAAAGGAAAAGCAGAAAUAUACAGACAUGGCCAAGGAGUAUAAAGAUGCAUUUAUGAAAGCAAAUCCUGGCUACAGAUGGUGCCCUACCACAAACAAGCCUGUGAAGUCGCCAACACCCACUGUCAAUCCACGGAAGAAACUCUGGGCCUUCCCAUCUGACUCCUCAAGAGACUUGCCAACCCCUAAGAAGGCAAAGACAGAAGAAGUUCCUCAGCUUAACUUUGGAAUGGCAGAUCCUACUCAGAUGGGAGGCCUGAGCAUGUUGCUGCUAGCUGGAGAACAUGCUCUUGGAACGCCAGAGGCAUCCUCUGGGACUUGCAGGCCUGAUAAUUCAGAGUCACCUGAGUUGCGUCAGAAGUCACCAUUGUUUCAGUUUGCCGAGAUAUCCUCCAGGACAUCCCACCCCGAUGCGCCUUCAAAACAGUGUCAAGCAUCAGCCUUGUUUCAGUUUGCAGAGAUCUCUUCAAGCACUUCGCAGUUGGGUGGCACUGAGCCUGUGAAACGCUGUGGAAAUUCUGCACUCUUUCAACUGGCAGAGAUGUGCCUGGCGUCAGAAGGCGUAAAGAUGGAAGGCACAGAGCUAACCAAAUCCAAAGACUCAGACGGAGGACGAAUCGAGGAAAUGGAAAAGGGGAAGGAAGAGCGAGACAUAAAAAUGGAGAAAACCAUUGAAACUGCAUUCCAGACGGAAGCAGAAAAGGGCAACAUCAGAGAGUCCAAGGAUUUAAGAGACAUUGAACAGCUACAGUCGAAUAACGUAAUGGCUAUCAAAGUGGAAGACCCCAAAGAAAGUAGAAAGGAGUCAGAUGACGAUCAGAAAUACAGUCACUUCCCUGAUUUUUCUUACUCUGCCAGUAGCAAGAUAAUAAUUAGUGAUGUCCCCAGUAGAAAGGAUCACAUGUGCCACCCUCACGGAAUCAUGAUUAUUGAGGACCCCACUGCACUAAACAAACCAGAAAAGAUAAAAAAGAAGAAGAAGAAAAACAAACUGGAUCGACAUGGAAAUGACAGGUCCACCCCCAAGAAGAGCUGCAAGAAGAGGCAGUCUUCAGAGUCUGACAUCGAGAGUGUCAUGUACACCAUCGAAGCGGUAGCAAAGGGAGACUGGGGUGUUGACAAGCUCGGAGAAACCCCAAGAAAGAAAGUCCGCACCUCCUCAAGUGGCAAGGGGGGCAUUUUGGAUGCCAAGCCACCAAAGAAAAAAGUGAAAUCCAAGGAGAAGAAGGUUUCCAAGGAGAAGUGCUCAGACAUCACCAAAGAGUCUCGACCUCCAGAUUUCCUUAACAUUUCUGCCAGCAAGAGUGUUCCUGGGGAGGUGCCGGAGAGCAUGAAAGCAGAGCCCUUGACACCUACCGAGGACGCACUGCCACCUAGCCUACCAGGGCAGGCUAAGCCUGAGGACACUGACUGCCACAGGAAAACGGAGACCUGUGGCUCCAGGAAAUCUGAGAGGUCUUGCAAAGGUGCUCUUUAUAAAACCCUGGUGUCCGAGGGCAUGCUCACCUCCCUGCGAGCUAAUGUUGACAGAGGGAAACGAAGCUCAGGAAAAGGAAACUCCUCUGAUCAUGAAGGGUGUUGGAGUGAAGAGAGCUGGACAUUUAAUCAGAGUGGGACCAGUGGAAGCAAGAAGUUUAAAAAGAAGCUAAGGGAAGACUCCUUCCUUGGUUCUGCAAAGCUGGAUGAGGAAUUUGAAAAGAAAUUCAACAGCCUCCCUCAAUAUAGUCCUAUUACAUUUGACCGGAAAUGUGUAUCUAUUCCAAGGAAAAAGAAGAAGACUGGAAACAUGUCCUCAGAAUCGACUAAAGCCAGCAAAGGUCCUUUCCAGUCUCAGAAAAAGAACUUAUUCCACAAAAUUGUCAGCAAAUAUAAGCACAAAAAGGAGAAGCCUAAUGUUCCAGAAAAAGGAAGUGGGGAUAAAUGGUCACACAAGCAAUUUUUCUUGGAUGCCAUUCACCCUACAGAAGCCAUAUUUUCAGAAGAUAAAAACACCACAGAGCCUGCUUAUAAGGUUAAAAAUGCCCUAUCCAUUCCCAACACUCCAGAGCCAACAGCAAUGCAAGAACCUUUGGUGGGCAGCCAAAAGAGAAAAGCAAGGAAAACCAAGAUCACACACCUUGUCAGGACUGCAGAUGGCCGAGUCUCACCAGCAGGAGGUACACUGGAUGACAAACCAAAGGAGCAGCUGCAGAGGCGUCUCCCCAAAGUCCCCGAGACAUUCUGCGGUGAUAAUUGCUCACACACUACGGUUGAGGAGCCACGGAGCAGUACUCCAGAAAUGCCUGCUGUGUCUGCAUUCUUUAGCCUCGCUGCACUGGCUGAGGUUGCAGCCAUGGAGAAUGUGCACAGAGGUCAGAGGUCAACUCAACUCACCCAUGAUGGACAGCCAAAAGAAAUGCCGCAGGCUCCUGUACUUAUUUCUUGCGCUGACCAGUGACGCGCCCUUUAAUUGUAAAACAUUGUGCUUUACCUUCUACCCUAGCCUUGUCUUUACCAGGGAUGCUAGCGAGUCCAUGUGGUGGGAAGUACAGACUGCAGACAAGGGCCUGUUGCCCCACAUGGCCCAGAAUCACUUGAAGCAGAACUUAGCAUUCUGGGCCCAUUUGUUGUUUCAGAAGCCACAGUUUCUGAAGGCAGUGUUCCUGUGUGAUACUGAGCAAAAGCAGAGGGACCCGCACCUUUGCUUUGUGUGGAGGAAGGCUUUUGAUGGUGACCAGUGGUGACUCGGUAAAAGGCUGCCUUCGCUGUAGCUCAUCCAGCAUCUCUUUUACCAGCCAGAGAGUGGGAAACUAGUUUCAUAUAUUACCUAGUUCUUCUUUCAAAACAAACAAGAAAACCCUGACGCACUGCACUAGUUAUUAUUAGAUAUUCUUAGUCUUUUGUACAUGAAGAUUUAAGUUCUAAGAUGGUUUAUAUAAUAGGUUAUACCUACAUUUAUAUUGUAGAAUAAAUAUUAAAAAGCCUGUACCAGAGACUCCCAAGCAGCAUGGGCAGGCAGACGUACCAUUGUUAGCGGUGUAUGCUCGGCCUCGUGGUCCAUAUAUUCUGCACUUUUAUAUUUGCCACCAGAGUGGUAGUGGUAGUUUGCUGGCAGAGAGAAAGAGAGAGAGAGAGAGAGAGAGAGAGAGAGAGAGAGAGAGAGAGAGAGAGAGAGAGAGAGAGGAGAGAGGAGAUAUUAAUUGAGAAAGAGAAUAUUACAAUUCUUACAAUCUGAAUUUUUUUCUUAGCCUUGAGUGACCAAGAAGAAUUUGCUUGGGGCAAAUUGUGGCAAAUAUUUUCCCAGACAGGGGAAGCAUCCUGCAGAUUACAGAUUACUGAUGUUUUCAUGCCUUGAGGAUUCUUUUAUUUUUACACGGGGGUCUAAGUGGCCAAUGGAUCGUUCAUAUAAACAAACAAACAAAAAAGACAAAAAUAUUAUUCAGAAGUGACCUUAGUAUUACUUCAUUAUUCUAACCACAUUGAAGAUGCUCACUUCAUAUGGACUUGGAGCUUCAGACCUUUUACAUCCAUCACAGACAGACCGGAUGGGUUGUGAUUGCUGUGCAUGGCCUAAUAGGCACUGCAGGCUUUAGGAGCCAUUUGGAGUUUGUAUCGUUGAGGAAGUAUUGAGUAAACGAGGGGGGAGGUGUGUCUGAAGUGCGCCUCUCAGUCAGAUCCACCUACAAGUUUCUGUUUCCUUUUUAUGUUUUGUUGCUUUUAAGCAUAAAACCAACCAUAUGCCAGUGCCAAGUGGAUUAACUGGCUUACAACAUUCAGCAUAUUGACUUAACCACCUGAUGUUCACAGUGUCUUGUUUCCUAGCAACAGAUGCAAAGUGAUACAUCAAAAUUAAUCUGAGGCUACAGAUUUUACAGGGUAUUUGUUCCAUAGCACAAAGUAUUUCCCCACUCUUGCAUCACAGCACAAACUACCAAAUUUUGAUUUUUUUUUUAGAUCCCAGCAAUAAUUUUUAAUAGUUUUCAAACUGGUGGAAUUUUGAUAGUGCUAGCUGGAGUUUGAAGCUUUUGAAUUAGAUCUCUAAAUGGUGACAGUUUACAUGGUUUUAUCUAGCUUUCUUAUUUAUACUUGACUGAAUUGUAAUUUUUUUUCUAAUUGUAAUCUGACCUAAUAGCCAUAUAAAAUGACUCUGUUAGUACUGUCUAGGCCUAGCUUCUCACGGUUGUAGAUAUUCAGUUCCGGUGCUGGAAAAUAUGUACAACAAUACUAACAGGAUUGAAAAAGAUGGAGGUUUGUUUUGUUUGUUGUUUUUCCAAAGCAGGUAGGGAGGACAGCAAAGUAUUAGAAUUAUGUCCUGAAACUUUAUGUUCGUUGUGGGGAGGAAGGAAGCAGGAAUUAGUGACAGUUAAUCAGUAGGCAUAGCUUAACCCCAUUCACAGAGAAAUAAAUCAAGUGACGAGCCCCAGGUCUUAGCGUACUAUUUUUACUAUGAUAACUAUUUUAAUAAUAUUUUCUAAAUUUCAAAACAUAAAACCGAAUGAUUGGAAAUUGGUGGGUCCUCACGUUGGUGGCUGUUGGAGUUUUGGACCACUUGCUAGCAGUGAUUUAAACAUGAUAAUUAGCUAACCCCCUCCAAAAAAUAAUAACAAAAAUAGAAAACCAACAAUUGCAUUGGUGCAGAACAUGCAUCUUGACAAUGGUACUAACUUGUUAUUCUCUAGAACACGUUAGAAUAGAUCUAUUUUUGCCAGAGCACCCUCCCUCCAUCCUCCAAUACAUUUCACUAGAGUCCUUUAAGAGAUUGCUGUAUAUUCCUGAGACCUUUUUUUAAAAAAAAAAAAAGAAGAAGAAGAAGCAAACGAGAUAACUUUUUUUCUACGUGGUUAAUAUCUUACCUGGUCUGCUUUUCCUAAACCCCAGUGGCUUUUACUUUAGUCGGGGUGGGAAUGGGAGGGACUUACUGGAUAUGACUGUUUUCAGAUUCUUUAAAAACAAACCUUUUUUAGAAAUGCUUAAUUUUUAAGCGGUUAGGCACUGAGAGUAGCAGAAAUCCUGCAAAGCUUUAUAGUUCUCUGAGUGAGGUCUUGAUUUCAGUAGCUGUGCUUCUUAUGCCCCGGAUCUGCUGGAGAGGGGUGUUGGUAUUUUCAGGUAACAUUUGUUAGCACAAAUCUUUCGGUCCGUUACAUUGUUCUUCACCCUAUCCGUGUCGUCAUCUUCAUUUCUCGUCUCUCCUUCUGGAAACUGAUGUUGCUGUGUCGCUCUGACGUGUCCUCGUGAUCUGCUGGCAAGCACCAUCUACACUAAUAUUCGUCUCACGGCGAAUAGCCUCAAGCAAACAAGUUGUUGCACCUUAUGUAUAUCUCAAGCAAACCAAAAUGCAGUGUUCUGCUUCGUUCUGUUCUAAAUCACUGUAGCAUAUCUUUCUGAAACCAUUUUUGCAUUUAGUUGAAAUUGUCAAUAUUUAUGCUUUUAACCUUCAUUUCUGGAUUCAAACCUGUAUAUAAAACUUUUGAAAGUCAUCCUUGCCCUUCUCUGCAGGGCUGGAAGUGGAAGGGUCUGCCUCAGGUGCAGACGUAGUACUCUUCCAGGUUUCUUUAGCCCUUUAUUUAUUUUAGGUAUUGUGGUAUUUCCAGUGUAAUUUUGAAGUAUCUAGAGUAUAUUAUAGUAACUAAAUCUGCAGCUCUGAAGCUGAGUGAGAGAAAAAUACUGUAAGGUGUCCUUCAAGGUCUGUUUGGGUACUGUAAGCGUCCCACAGCCACGUCGGAAGCUACAGGUUCUUGUUCCCAAAUUAGGUUAGUCUCAGAUGGUGACUCAAAACUCUAAAGUCAUCCAGC